AUGUCCGAAACUGGUCAGAUCCCUGGCGCCAGUCUUGGCGCCCAUCUCUCGCAGUCGAAACACGUGCGCAAAAGGCCCAGACGCGUAUUGGCACUGAUCAUUGUGACCGGAUGGCCGACAUCAGGGAAGACGACUCGCUCGAAACAGCUGCACGAAUACCUUGCGAAGCGCAUCAUUGACACCAAGUAUCGCCUGCACUUCAUUUCAGACGACAGCCUCUCGAUAUCCCGAAGCGUUUACGACCUCUCGCCUGACAAGGUCCCGGCUCAUACGCGAUCAGCUAACGCUUCGGAGAAGGAUGCGCGAGCUGCCAUCUACGGUGCCGUGAAGCGGGUGCUGAGCGACAAGGACAUCGUCAUCCUCGACGGCUUGAACUACAUUAAAGGAUGGCGUUAUCAGCUGCACUGCGAGGCCAAGGCAGUGCGGACCCCAAGCUGUAUCCUGCAGAUUGGCUGCGCCAAGGACAAGGCGAAAGAGAUCAAUGAGGAGAGACUGAAGCGGAAAGAGGCCGGGCACAUUCUCGCCGAGGGCGAGCCAGAACCGUACGACCCAGGAAACUGGGAGAAUCUUGUUUUCCGACACGAGGAGCCGAAUCCUAUGACACGGUGGGAUAGCCCGCUCUUCGCCCUGGUGUGGGAUGACAACGAGGACCAAACACGAGAGGUGUUCGAUACCUUGUGGGACUCGAUCGCUGGGGAAGGACGCAAGGUCAUCCAACCGAACCAGGCUACGUUGCAAAGGGGCCGAAAUGAGGGCGGUGACUAUCUCUACGUACUUGACCGUGAGACACAAGAUGUCGUCAAACGAAUAUUGGACCAGCAAGACGACGAAGGUGGCGGCGAAGUCAAGGUACCAUUGACCGCUGAAGGCAAGGAGAACCUUGUCGUAAAUUUGCCCCUGCAACUAAGCAGAUUCGACACCAAGAUGGCUCCCGAGGAGGACAAGAAGAAGGUCAACUUGACUGAUCCUUCUGGCUCCGCCAUCAAGAAUGAGAAUGAUGUGUCUACCGCGAUUCUCAAGAAGAAGAAGAAGGAUAAUCAGUUGAUGGUUACCGAUGCCACAAACGACGAUAACAGCAUUAUCGCCCUGUCAGAGGCUACGAUGGACACACUGCAGCUCUUCCGUGGCGAUACUGUUCUGGUCCGUGGAAAGAAGCGCAAGGACACCGUUCUUAUCGUCCUCGCAGACGACGAGCUCGACGAUGGUAGCGCCCGCAUCAACCGCGUUGUUCGUCACAACCUUCGGGUCAAGCAUGGCGAUAUGAUCACCAUUCACCCAUGCCCCGAUAUCAAAUACGCUAAGCGGAUCGCGGUCCUCCCCAUUGCCGACACCGUCGAGGGUAUCACCGGCUCUCUUUUCGAUGUUUUCCUCGCCCCGUACUUCCGGGAAGCGUACAGGCCCGUGCGCCAAGGAGACCUCUUCAUAGUACGUGGAGGCAUGAGGCAAGUGGAGUUUAAAGUGGUGGAGGUUGAUCCUCCAGAGUACGGUAUAGUGGCUCAGGACACAGUCAUCCACUGCGAAGGCGAUCCAAUUGAGCGCGACGAGGAGGAGAACAACCUGAACGAGGUCGGCUACGACGAUAUUGGUGGCUGCCGCAAGCAGAUGGCUCAGAUUCGUGAGAUGGUUGAGCUUCCUCUCCGUCACCCGCAACUUUUCAAGUCCAUCGGUAUCAAGCCCCCGAGAGGUGUUCUGCUAUACGGCCCCCCUGGUACCGGUAAGACUCUGAUGGCUCGUGCUGUUGCGAACGAGACCGGUGCUUUCUUCUUCCUCAUCAAUGGCCCUGAAAUCAUGUCCAAAAUGGCUGGUGAGUCCGAAUCGAAUCUGCGCAAGGCUUUCGAGGAAGCCGAGAAGAACUCUCCCGCCAUCAUCUUCAUCGACGAAAUCGACUCGAUCGCUCCCAAGCGUGAGAAGACUAAUGGUGAAGUUGAGCGUCGUGUCGUCUCCCAGCUCCUCACUCUGAUGGAUGGCAUGAAGGCUCGCUCCAACGUCGUUGUGAUGGCCGCCACCAACCGUCCCAACUCUAUCGAUCCUGCCCUGCGUCGUUUCGGCCGUUUCGAUCGCGAGGUCGACAUUGGCAUCCCUGACCCUACUGGCCGUCUUGAGAUCCUCCAGAUCCACACGAAGAACAUGAAGCUCGGUGAUGACGUCGAUCUGGAGCAGAUCGCCUCUGAGACACACGGUUAUGUCGGUUCUGACGUGGCCGCCCUGUGCUCGGAGGCUGCCAUGCAACAAAUCCGUGAGAAGAUGGAUCUGAUUGAUCUUGACGAGGAUACCAUCGACGCCGAGAUUUUGGAUUCGCUUGGUGUAACCAUGGAGAACUUCCGCUUUGCCCUUGGCGUAUCCAACCCCUCUGCACUCCGCGAGGUCGCUGUUGUCGAGGUACCCAACACCCGCUGGGAAGAUAUUGGUGGUCUCGAGGGUGUCAAGCAGGACCUCCGCGAGUCCGUUCAAUACCCCGUCGAUCAUCCAGAGAAGUUCCUCAAGUUUGGCAUGUCGCCAUCGCGAGGUGUCUUGUUCUUCGGUCCUCCGGGUACCGGUAAAACGCUGCUGGCAAAGGCCGUUGCCAACGAGUGCUCUGCCAACUUCAUCUCCGUCAAGGGCCCUGAGCUGUUGAGUAUGUGGUUCGGAGAGUCGGAGAGCAACAUUCGUGAUAUUUUUGACAAGGCUCGCGCUGCUGCCCCUUGCGUUGUCUUCUUGGACGAGCUCGACUCAAUCGCCAAGGCUCGUGGCGGCUCCAUGGGUGAUGCUGGUGGCGCCUCUGACCGUGUCGUUAACCAACUGCUCACCGAAAUGGACGGAAUGACGUCCAAGAAGAAUGUCUUCGUCAUUGGUGCGACCAAUCGUCCUGAGCAGCUUGACCCUGCACUUUGCCGUCCUGGACGUCUGGACUCUCUCAUUUACGUGCCGCUGCCCGAUGAGCCUGGUCGUCUCGGCAUCCUCAAGGCUCAGCUUCGCAAGACCCCUGUCUCCGACGACGUCGACCUUGGCUACAUUGCGGCCAAGACCCACGGCUUCUCCGGUGCCGAUUUGGCCUUCAUUGCCCAGCGUGCCGUCAAGAUUGCCAUCAAGGAGGCCAUCACUGCUGAUAUUGAGCGCACCAAGGCUCGAGAGGCCGCUGGCGACAACGAAAUGGAGGUCGAUGAGGACGUUGAGGACGCCGUGCCUGAACUGACCAAAGCUCACUUCCAGGAGGCUAUGCAGAUGGCUCGUCGCUCGGUCACUGACGUCGAGGUGCGCCGUUACGAAGCCUUUGCCCAGCAAAUGAAGAGCGCCGGCCCCGGCGCUUUCUUCAAAUUCCCCGAGGGUGACGAGGCCGCUGCCGGAGGUGAUUCGAACAAUGCCUUUGGUGAUGCCGGUAACGAUGACGACCUCUACAACUAA